GCAGCCCCGCACUCAGCUGUAUUAUCAGCACGGAGCAGGAGCUGCUGGGAAGGAACGGGCCCCGAACACAGCACGUAUCCCCCUCCUCGUCUCCUUCUUCUCUCUCCCCCUGCCAUCUUGCAGGUAAACUUGCCAGGGGUCCUGGGGCUGAAGGAAAGUGGCCAAACCCUCCCACAGUGGGAUGUUUUCUCUGCUGCACUCUGGGCUGGUUCCUAUUCAAAUGUGGGUCAGGGGUGAGGAAGCCUAACGUCAUAAGCUUGCAACAUGGCGUCCCGAAGGCUGUGAGAUGAGCAAGAGGAUGGCAAAGAACGCUUGAGAACGACCCUACCGAUGUAAGAAGCUUCAGGUGGUGCUCGUGUAGGAAGAGAGAGAGAGAGCGAGCGAGAGAAGGAAAGAAGGAAGGAAGGAAGGAAGGUGGAGAUGGAACUGCCAAAUCAUGCCAAACACCUGCUGCUGCAACUCAACCAGCAGAGAGCCAAGGGCUUCCUGUGUGAUGUUAUCAUCGUGGUGGAGAAUGCGCUCUUCCGUGCCCACAAGAACAUCCUGGCCGCAAGCAGCAUUUAUUUCAAAUCUUUGGUCCUCCACGAUAACCUCAUUAACCUGGAUACAGAGAUGGUUAAUCCCUCUGUAUUUAGACAAGUGCUGGACUUCAUCUACACUGGGAAGCUCCUGUCCUCAUCGGACCAGAGCAGUGAGCAGAACUUCAGUGCCCUCUUAACAGCAGCCAGCUACCUCCAGCUCCAUGACCUUGCUGCUCUGUGCAGAAAGAAGCUCAAGCGCAGUGGUGGGAAACCUCUGCCAGGUAAACCCUCCACGCCAGGUCCCCAUAGCCGCUUACGCCUCAACAACCAGAGACUUUCCUCCUCUACCCCUGCUGGCCCCAAGAACCACUAUCCUCCAACCCCCUCUGACGCUGACCAGCCACAGCCAGAUGAAGGCCUUCGGGACAAACUGUCAGAUGAUGAGAUGUUUGUUGGCAGCUCUGGGAAGAACGGGAACGCGGGAAAUGGCAGCAGUAAUGGUAACCUCAGCAGUGGAGGGAGUGCUGGGGAACCCGACCUUGGACUAGACCUGUCCAAGAAGAGCCCUCCCUCUGCGGGCACAGCCACCGACGCCCUCAGCCCACACAGCAACUCCCAAGAAUCCCCUCAAUCUGCCUCAGUAUCCACAACCAACAGUGCCUCACUGGAUGACUCCUCUGCCACCCUACCAGGUGCAGACACAGAAACCAUGGAGCUCAACCCUUCCUCAAAAACCUCAGAGGAAACCCCAAACCAGCCCGACGGGCCCCCACCCCAGAAGAAAUCCAGACAAGGCGCUCGCAAGAACGAAUGGCCCAAGAGAGAGGCGUCAGGUUUGAAGUCUGAAGACCACGAAAAGCCCCUGGUUAAUGGGGUGAUUGUGGGUCCUAAAGAUGGCCGCUCCUCUGGCGUGGGAGGAGGCAGUGGUAGCAGCUUCGCCUCGGACCAGUCGUUCCAGUGUAAAGAUGAGGAAGAGGGAGGAGAGAAUGGCCAGGACCACAGCGAUGAGAGCGGUCAAAGUGAUGGAGAGAGUGCCGGAGGUGGAGGAGGAACAGGAGGGGGAACUCAGAGCGCCAACUAUGUGUACAGGCAGGAAGGGUUUGAGCCAGCAUUCGGAGACAACCUCUACGUGUGCAUUCCCUGUGGUAAGGGCUUCCCCAGUUCCGAGCAGCUCAACGCUCACGUGGAGACUCACACUGAGGAUGAGCUCUACAUCAAAGAAGAGGGGGGGACCUUCGUGAAAGAGGAAGACGAGGAGGAGGCGGAGGACCUCUCUGCCCCUGUGGGUCCCUCCAACUUUGGCUCCGAAACGCGUCCAUUCAAGUGCACAGUCUGCAGUAAGAGCUACAAAGACCCGGCAACACUGAGACAACACGAAAAGAGCCACUGGCUGACCAGGCCCUUCCCCUGCAACAUCUGUGGCAAAAUGUUCACCCAGAGAGGCACCAUGACGCGCCACAUGCGCAGCCACCUUGGCCUCAAGCCGUUUGCAUGUGAAGAGUGUGGCAUGAGGUUCACACGCCAGUACCGUCUGACAGAGCACAUGCGGGUCCACUCUGGGGAGAAGCCGUACGAAUGCCAGCUAUGCGGGGGGAAGUUUACCCAGCAGCGCAACCUCAUCAGUCACCUGAGAAUGCACACCUCACCCUCUUAGAAAUGCAUCAAGCCAAAGAACUCUGGGAAUCGAAAAAACAUUUCUCUACCUUUUUUUUCCAUCUCAAAAGCAAAGAAACGCACACAAACGCAUUCACAUGCAGACUCGCAUAGUUCUACAUAUGAAUUCCAGUUUACGACACCAUGGCUAAGUGAAUGAUGUUGCUGUUAGCCACCGUGGGCUCUUGGUGACGGUGGGAUCUCGUUGACGCAGGGAUCGUGUCGUCGUUUAUAUCAUUCGCUCACCUCUCAGGAGUUCUAGAUGAACAAUGUACUCCUGUCACUCUCCAAAGUCACGAAAGCCAUGGUGGAGUGGCAAGACUUCUGGUCUGCGUUGCAAGUCUCUCAAAUGUGAAUGUGGGAACUAAUAUAAUGUCAAACCCCCUCACCUCAUACCCCUCAGCAACCUUCCUCUCCUCUACCUUUGAGCAUUGAGUCUCUGAGUUUUUCAGAUUGUUCCUCAGACAGAUUAACUCGAGAGUCCCCUCUGCACUUCAGUGCUGUUUUGACCAAAAACCCGUGCAAACAAAACUGGCAAUAAUUCAGCUAAAAGAUUAUUUUUACCCUGACAGCUUUAUGUCCUCUGUUACGUUGGUGACGGGGAUCUGUAUGUACGAGGAGGGAUAACUGGGUUCGGGACCAUCUGCAUGCUUUAACUGAAAGUCCUGAAAGAAGGUUCAUGGUGGGAUAACAUUGGAUUAAGUUUGAGUUUUUACAGACCACAGAUUCUCCAAGUCCUUCUCUACAGCUGUGCACAGUGAUAUAGAGAGGAUUGUUUUCAGCUUUGCCUGCUAGUGCUUCCAGGAAUUAAUCCUGGUUGGAAAGAUGAACCCUUUGCGGUACUUGUUUUACUUAAAGAACUUGUAAUGUUUCAGUGAAUGUUUAAACUGGAAGGUCUUGGGAUUUUUCUUGUGGAGGGGAGGGAUCUGGUUUGGGGGGUGGGUGGGGUUUAAUGAGGGUAAGAAAAGGGUGUUUUAGCCUGAACAUUACGUUCAGCGGGUACGUUUAUUUUAUUUUUUUUGUCUGUAUAGCUUUCCUCCCCUCAGAAAAAAAAAAAAGAAAAGUCUAUUUAUAUAGGCUUGUGACCUCGCUACCUCUGAUUACUCUUACGAACUCUAUGUUGAUUAGUUGAAAGUUCCUAUGUAAUUAAUUGUAAAAAGUGUGUAGAUUAUGGUAACUUUUCACCUGAUGCUUUAACCUGCCCAUCUCUCAACACAGGUUUUUUUAAUGCUCAUAGAUUUUACACAUUAAUAUUGUUUUAGCUGUUGCUUUUUCUUGUCAACUAUAGCUUUUCGGGUGCCCUGCUCAGUGUGGCCCCACCUCAAAGUGUACUGUAGCUUCCUGCCUGGAGCAAAUAGUGGUUAGUUAGUGAGUUAGUUAGUUUAGAUGUAUAGUGUUCCAAAGAUCUUAUGAAUGUUGAGGAGAACAGAGCUAACUAACAAACAUUGCUAGACAAGUUCAUAACCAAAGUUUUUAAAAAGAUGUACUUAAGAUAUAUAGCAUACUAAAUUAUUUUGCUUUUGAUUCUUUUUUUGCUGUAUAAAAACAAAUUAUGAAUUAUAUUCCAAGUCCAGACAAAGAAAUCCUCUCUUUUGAUGGAGUUUUGGCCAAUGACUCUGAGACUGAGGAAGCUUCUUGUUGUUUGCAAGGAAAGCUUGUGCUGAUUGGUGGGCUGGUAUGAUGUAAACUUUACCACCUGAUGAAACCGGUAAAGCUUAAAACAUGUUCCCUGUACAUGUUUUUUUUUUUUGUUGUUUCCUUUUGUUUGUUUUCAGAGUCCUUAUCACUUUAUAUUCCCUGACUUUAAAAACAGGACUUGAUGACAUUGUAUGUGUUCUGUUCAGACCAAAAAAAAAUACAAAAAGCAAAAAAAAAAAGAUAGGAAUUAUAAUCAGAAUUUUAAUGUGAAGUUCAAGUUGCUUGUUAGUUUUUUGAGCCAGACUUGUGGAAACUUGUAAUUAGAAGGGAGAAGCAGAGAUGCACUGGACAGCUGGACAACUCAUCGUCUCCUGCACCAUCCUUUUGUACCUGAUUGUAUUUCAUUAUAUCACAGAGUGAAUUUAAAUUAUUUUAAACCUCUAAAGCUUUACCUCAUCAUAAGCAAAAUGGGAAUGAAUGACCCCUCUGUUGUCUGUAGGUUUCACUGAAACCUGUCCAGUGUAUCGACUCUGAACAGUUACGCUGUGGAGCAUGAACCUUCACUACAAGUUUUUGGUAUAGGCAUUCCUCUCUUAUGUUGGUUUAACUGUCUUCUUGAUUUUCUUUUUUUUUUUAAUUCCUCUUUUUCGUCCUCAUGUUAUGGUCUGUGAAAUGUUUGUUAUCAGCUACAGUUACAAACAUCACUACCGUUUAAGGUACCUGCGUCCUGGACUCCCUAAGUUGUUACCUGGUUCUGUUGGAUGUUUGGCGUCUUGCGGUUGAGCAGUUGCUUUUUUUAGUGAUUGCAUGGUACAUCUAUGAAAUUUCCACACUCCCCAAACCCCCACCCCCUCCAACCACGAACAUGUUAUUUAUCGCCUGAUCCAUUGUUGCUUGUGAUCUCUUCUAGCUUAAGCGGGAGUCCACAAUGCAUUGCCUUCAAACGUCAUUGUACUUGUCAGCACUUACUGCAGUACAGCGUAAUGUCUGUCGUGCAAAAGGUGUUUUUGUACAAGAUCUCGAGCCAUCUCUGCAGAAGACUUUGCAGCUGCAUUUGAAUGCUUGCUUGCUUGACAUAACGAAGAAAGAAAAGAAACUACGAACUCCAAACUGUGACCAUACUACUACUACUACUACUACUACUACUAUUGCUACUACUACUAGUACUACUACUAUUCAAAUACUUCAGGGAUUGUUCUGCAUCUGUGAAUGCAGACUCUCAGCUACAUUUGUAAGACAUAGUAUUGUAUCGAUUUCUCUGUAUUUUAAUCAUAUGGGAAAAGCAGAACACUAGUUUCAUAUUUAAGACAAACAGGGGGGUACUUUAUCAACUAACACAAAGAGCCUUGACAAAGGCGAGGCAGCUCGAAACAAGUCUACAUUUUAGUUAGUAACACAGUAUGUUCAGAAAUAGUUGCAAAGUUGUACAAAGAACUAAGAAGAAGAAAAAAAAAAAAAAAAGCUCAUACCCAAAUCCACAAACUAUUUUUUAAACCAAAGCACAUUUGAAUGAUUAUGGAACCAUGUGUGGCUCUAAAAAGAAACAUGUAUUUAUCUCAUUGUUUACAUAAACUCUUACAGUUUUACAGACCUCAGUUGAGGCUCGGCCAACCAGAGAGGUGGUUUUGUGUUUUGUUUAGUUUUUUUUUUUUUCUUUUUUCAAAUGAUGCUUCACCACAGAGGCUGCUGCCAAAAUAAAAGCAUAGCGUCAAACAUGGGGUGAACUGCUGCAUAUUCAAUUAAUGGGAGGGGUGUGCGGUUUUGGGGAACCCCCCCCCCACCCCCACCCCUCCUCUGCCAGCUGGCUUUGGGGUGACCUUGCGCCCCAGUCCCCCUGCCCUCUGGCCUGUCUUCAGAUGGGACUGCGGCGAUGGGGGUGUGCAGUGCAUCCUUGAUGUAUUAAUCAAAAGGCAUUGUUAGUCGGGGUCUUUAGCUGAAUGUUGUGUGUCUGUGUUUAUACCCAAGUGCACUCGAGGACUACCUCUGCUGCUUGGGUCUCUUAAUAUGUAGGAGUGGGUGGGUGGAGUGAUUUGGGUGGUUUUAGUAACAUGGUACAUCUCUUAUGCUGGCGGUUCUUGAAACCUAUCCGGAGAAUGUAGCGUUGAUUUGUUCACUGCAUGUAAACAGGCUUAUCUGGUUGUCUUAACUGUGAAUGUUAAUGUUAUUUUUACUGCUUUGGUGAUGUUUUGAAAGCGUUUUCUUUAGCUGCCUGUGAUCUGUGGGUGAAAGCAGCACAAACCUCUGGCUGGCCGAGCCUCAUACAAAGUUGGUGCAAACACUUAUCGACAGUGUUCUUUUUUUAUCAAAUGUCUAUUGUCAGUGAUGAAUGUAUUUAUUUCCGGUCCUGCCCUCACCUCUGCAAAGAAUUAGCUCAGUGUGUGAGACUGAGGUGGAGGCAGGACCCCAUUUCUUUUGUUCUAUUUUCGUUUAAAGGAUUUCAAGCUGAGAAUCAAAAAUGAGACACAAUACAUAGCCAUUAACCACAAUCUGUGAAGUUGACUAUUAUGUGGGAGAACUGAUGUUGUUUUUUUGUUGUUUUUUUCCAAACUCAAAAAAUGGUCUAUGGCAUUUAAUAUCAUCUUUUCUCAGUUACACCUGACAGUCUGUAGGGUUUUGAUUUCAAUGUUAAUUCACUAUGGGUGUUUUUUGAUCCUGUGUGUUCUUGAGUUCUCGCUGGAUGACUGCACACCAGGGGAGUUGAACUUUAACCCCUUGUGUGUGUGUGUGUGUGUGUGUCUGUGGACACAGGCAGGACGCUGCGACCUGCCUGUGCAGAACGGAGGCUACUGUAUCUUUUCAAACUUGCUCUCCCUGGGUGUUGCCAUGCUGCUGCCAUUCAAAACACACAUUCACACAGCAGAAACAUGCACAUACUCAACUUUCCUCUCCGCCGAACACUCGUAUUCCUCCGCGACUAUUGUUACAGUCUUAAACCACUUGCCACUUCUUCCAUCUGUUCUACGUGAUGUUCUAUGUUGUUGUUUAUUUAGUGUCUGUUAGCUCCACGUUGGAGGAUUGUAGAAACCUUGGGUGAGAUAGCUUUACUAAGUGCACUUUGUAUGUUUUUCAAAGCCUCUGGGAAGACCCGGACGCUCUCAUAUCAGUUCCCAUUUAACUAACAGUCGACUCUUUGUCGUUCUUUUCUUACCUCCUCAUUGUUGCUGUGUGUCUGUUGGAAUAUCAUAUCAUUAUGCAGUGUUACAAAAGCUUUAAAAAUGAACUUACAAAGCAGGAAACUCAACCGAGGCUGCACUCGGCUCUUAGCAUUCAAGUUUCCAUCUCGUUUCUUGGCAUUGUUGUUACACAAUGUACGGUUGUUGCUCCUACCAUCCUCUCCAGGCAUUUGUAUAGUCGAGGGGCUGGUCUGUCCAGUUAUUAUGGAGAUGUUCCUUCUUACCUCGGCAGACUGAACCAAAGCCAGUUUUAAAAUGGCCCCCAGUGCCAUUAAACCUCGUCUAAGCUUUACUGUCCCUUGCUUUAUCUCAGAUUCACCUGACCCCUUGCUUUAGCCCUUUGACCCUCUGUAAUCUUUGUUGAUGCACAGGCGACCGUACCCUCUGCUCUGCUGCAUUUUAUAUUUCACAUAAGUAUUAACUGUACCUCCGCUGACAGUGUGCAGUAGUGACUAAAACAAAAAAAACACCAAAUUACCUCAAAACCUUUGUUGUUUACAGAAAUGUGCUGUUGGUUUUUCAUUGUAGUAAAUCUCACUAUUUAUACUUUUUUCUUUGCCGUCCAUCUGUAACCAAAAUAUCUUUUCUAAAAUCGAGUUUGUAGCAGCAUAUUUUCAUAUAUAACCUUUAAUUUACAUCUGUUUUGUAAAUUUCUGAAGGCACGGUGUCACCUUGAUGUGCUCUGCGUUAAUGGAAAGACACGAUGAGCUGCUAAAAUAAAAAAUAGUACUUGAAGAGUUGAUUUAGUGGAGGUGCCCAUGAAGUGGGUGUAUCAAGCUUCCUCUCUGGUCCAUUUUCUUCAGGAACAGCCUCUCAAUAAUGUAUCAGGAUCCGUGGGCUGAGAGGCUCUGGAAUGGACAUGUAGUGUCUUUGCCGAUGAAUAAUUAAAGGCCAAGAAGCCCCCUGGCAAACAACACUUCAUAUGCAAAGGUGUACGCACCCAGGUGCACUUUUGCUGGCAUGCACGCACAUACACCUCCGCUCACGCGACACAAGACAGAUGCAAUCGUCUAGACUUCAAACACACACAACCCAACAUGCGCACACACACAGCAGUAUUUAAGGUGGGAUUCUGUGACCCCCUCUCUGUGGCUUUUGGCAGCACCCAGGCUGGGCUCUCUCUUUAUCUCCACUCCUCAGAGAGCUCGUAUUCAGGUCAGAGCCACCGCCGUGCAUAGCGAUGGGGCUCGCAAACUCAAAGUGUCAUAAAAGUGUAAUACAGCUGACCUCAGCACUCACAACCUUGCAGUCUUAAUGUACAGCAGUGAGGAAAAAUAAACUGUUAUUUUAUGAUCUUUUCAUUAAAAGCUUGAUUGAAAACCAA